AUGCAAUUAUCAAGCUGUUGGUAUCGAUAAGAAUAUAAGAAUAAUGUUAAUGACCCACAUCCAGUGGACCGUGGCCCUUACUACGCCGUAUGUCCUACCACAUGCAGUUGGUCCAGUUCCAGGUACAUGCCUAGCAGGUACCCCUUCAAUAUUCACAAUCAAUUUAGUUAACCAAAUCAAACAACAAAUAAUUAUGGGCGACUUCGCGGAGCAACUCAACACCAACACCAACACCACAACUCCACCCAUUAGCACCCAUUAGCUACUUUCCCCGAACCCGAUUCGAGGCUAUAGCCUCAACAAUAUUCUUGCAACAUGUCUUUGGCGCAAGGCUCGCCCAGACUACCUAGUCCACCACCUCCAGCUGAGAUUCAACUUGGUCCUAAAUCUCCAGCACUAGGUAGCACUGCUAGUCGCCAGGCACAACAAAUGGAGCAAACUAUCGCCGACGCAAAUUCGAAACGGCGCAUACAUCCCGGUACCAAAUCCGAGGAUAUGGCUGCCGGUCCGCCGCUUGUUCCACUCAGUGAGCUCGAUUCAGCCUUUCAGCUUCAGGAGCAUCUUUCCGCAUUACAUUACCACCAUACAGCUUCCAAUAAAGCACCUAUCACGCGAGAGAUCGCUCUUCAACUAGCCACUCCGCCUCCAGGCAUCGAUCGUAUACUAUGGCUUUACGAACUAUGUCGAGUUCUUAUUGCGCAAUGCAACAGCUUGAUAGUCGGCUUCCUUUUUGACACGCCGCCAUGUUCGUCCGAAACCUGUCCCGAGAUGCGCGCUUCUGAAUGGCAGUUUCUAUGCGCUGUUCAUGACCAACCAAAGAGCUGCUGUGCCAUUGACUAUUGCUGCCACACACUUGACUGGGCAGCCAAUGUCGUCACCAAUCCCAAGAUUUUCCCCAGCAGAUUUGUGGUCAUGUCAGAUGGUCAGGAUAGGAGCACAGGACAGAAGAACCUCAUUAAUGUCUUCCGUCGCUUGCACAGAAUUCUUGCACAUGCCUGGUUCCAGCAUCGAGGCGUAUUCUGGUCUAUCGAAGCUCAGACGGGAUUGUAUGUUUUCUUCAAGACAGUUUGCGACGUAUACGACCUCCUACCAGCCGAGAACUACAAACUUCCACCGGAAGCCGAAGGUUUAGAGCCGACACCACUUGACUUAGAAGAUAAGAAACUUAUAGUGACAGCUAUCGCCAAGCCACCAUCGCAGCAACACGAGAGCACCGACAAUGAUAGUCUGCAUGCCCGUAGAAGCAAUACGGCCAGACAUUCCAGCAGACCGUCUACCGGUAGUGCCGUGACGACUGUUAUCGAAGAACGAGAAGACGAGCAAGAUGUUGCAAACAAGCUUAAGGCUUUACACAUCUCCGCCCCCGAGACGGUAGAGGAAGAGUCUGAAGUAGAAGUGCCUGUCAUUGUCGAAGGCGACCUAAUGGGCAACUCUCCAAGUGCUCCCGAAGCCCCCGAAGCCCCUGCCGCUCCUGUUCUUGCCCCUGAAUUCCAAUUCCCCAAGCCACAAGUGGAUGAGGAGCCACAAGACCCACACGAGAAUCCGGAAGGCCAGGAGUCUCAUGAGCCACACGUGCUCCAGGAGCAGGAGCAGGAGCAACAAGGUGAUGCGCAACCGACAUGCAAGAUUACUAUAGAGGAAGACGUGUCCGUGCCACCCGAGGCUGCCGCCGAGACCAAGACUGAGCCAGCUGAAGACAACAAAGAAGCCUCUCCCCCUGAGCAAGAACAGGUAACCGAAGAGAAGAGCGAUGAACCUACUUCGAGCACAGAGGAGCAGGUGGAAACGACAGAAGAGGUCGCCAAGCAACCCGAUUCCAGUGCUCCUGAAGAUGAAGACAUAUUCGAUACACAGUCUGCCAAGGAAGCUUACAAAGGAUUUGAGACCGAAGAGGGGGCAGCAUCAAGUUCGAGCAAUCUGGACGCGGAUUAGGACUUCGUCGCUUCCCUGGAAAGAUUCGAACAAGCCGAUCCGGUUGAGGUAACGGCGGUCAUCGACCGCGCGCGAAGAAGCAUUGAGCAGCUCCGCAGCCGAUGGGAGGAGACCCUGUAUUCAGACGACGUAGACCUUAACAGAGAAACCGAUUGGGCCAUGGACCGGGCGGCGGCGAUCACUGAGAGAUUGAUGCAGAUCCGAACGUCACACAAUGAACAAGAUGACGAGGAUAGGGAACCCGAUCCUGGUACUUUUUGAUAUGGGAACCUAGACUGUAGACCAUAAACCUUUAUUGUUUUUCUUUGUUAUCAAGCCUACUCUAUAGGGGCAUUAGGGGGGGGGGC